AUGGCAGAGGAAGGCAUCGACCGUCGCGAGGAUGCGCGCCUCGAGUUUUCGACCAGCAAAGAAGUCACCGUCGCGCCCACUUUUGAGGCUAUGCAUCUGAAGGAAGGCCUACUUCGAGGCAUCUACGCAUACGGCUUCGAGAGUCCCAGUGCUGUCCAAAGCAGAGGCAUCACCCAAAUCUGCCGUGGCCGUGACACAAUUGCACAGGCCCAAUCGGGAACUGGUAAAACCGCUACCUUCAGUAUCGCCAUCCUUCAAGUCAUCGAUACUGCUGUUCGCGAGACACAAGCGCUGGUGUUGUCACCCACCCGCGAACUCGCUACCCAAAUCCAGAGUGUCCUGCUGGCACUUGGCGAUUACAUGAACGUACAGUGCCAUGCUUGCAUCGGCGGCACGAAUGUGGGCGAGGAUAUCCGCAAACUCGACUACGGACAGCAUGUUGUUUCUGGUACUCCUGGUCGUGUGGCGGAUAUGAUUCGCCGCCGGAAUUUGCGCACUCGCCAUAUCAAGAUGCUUGUUCUGGAUGAGGCGGACGAACUCCUCAAUCGAGGUUUCCGGGAGCAGAUCUACGACGUCUAUCGCUACUUGCCACCGGCGACGCAAGUCGUGGUUGUAAGCGCCACGCUUCCGUAUGAUGUUCUGGAUAUGACGACCAAAUUCAUGACCGAUCCCGUGAGGAUCUUGGUCAAGCGUGAUGAGUUAACCUUGGAGGGACUGAAGCAGUAUUUCAUUGCUGUUGAGAAGGAGGAGUGGAAGUUCGAUACGCUUUGUGAUCUUUAUGACACACUCACCAUCACGCAAGCCGUCAUCUUCUGCAAUACUCGACGCAAGGUCGACUGGCUUACUGACAAGAUGCGUGAUGCCAAUUUCACUGUCAGCUCGAUGCACGGUGAGAUGCCGCAAAAAGAACGAGACUCCAUCAUGGGCGAGUUCAGGCAAGGCAACAGCCGUGUGCUCAUUAGCACGGAUGUCUGGGCGAGGGGUAUUGAUGUUCAGCAAGUAUCUUUGGUCAUCAACUAUGACUUGCCGAGCAAUCGUGAGAAUUACAUCCACCGCAUCGGCAGAUCUGGGAGAUUUGGACGCAAGGGCGUGGCGAUCAAUUUCGUUACGAGCGAGGAUGUGAGAAUCCUGAGAGAUAUCGAGUUGUAUUACUCCACGCAGAUCGACGAGAUGCCUAUGAACGUGGCGGAUCUGCUUUCGUAG